AGCGCUGGGUCUUUUAGACUUUUACAACCCCACGCAUCGCCCGCGAAGAAAGAGAGCGAAGAAGAAGAGCUCCAGAUCUCAAGAAAGGGGAAGAGGGAGGAAGGGAAGGAGGGAGAGAGCGGGCGAGCGAGAGAGAGGCCUUCGCCCGGCGCCUGGCUCUAUAAAUACUUGUUCUCGGUUUCGUUGUCUUUUCCUUCUCGGCCUCUUGGCGUCGUACGAGAUCUUGCCGCCGGCCCUCGAUCUCCUCGUCGGCGGGAUGGCGAUGGCGAGGGUGAGCUCCGGCCCGGCGUACCCUGAGAGGUUCUACGCCGCCGCCGCCUACGCCGGAUUCGGCGGAUCCUCCAACUCCUCCACCGGUGCGAUCUCCAAGUUCCGGAAUGAUGUCGCCCUCUUGCUCUACGCGCUCUACCAGCAAGCAACAGUAGGGCCUUGCAAUAUUCCAAAACCCAGGGCAUGGAAUCCUGUGGAGAACAGCAAAUGGACGAGUUGGCAUGGGCUGGGAAACAUGCCUUCAGCAGAGGCAAUGCGUCUUUUUGUGAAAAUUUUGGAGGAGGAGGAUCCUGCUUGGUAUUCAAAGGUCCCUGAAUUUAAUGUGGAGCCUAUUGUAGAUGUUGAGAUGCAUAAGCCAAAGAUGGAGCCAGUAACUCAGUCACCCACCCCUAAUGGAAAUCCUUUUCCAGAGCCUAAAACUAUUUCCCCAGAAAAUGGAAGUGUGCUGGAGACCCAGGAUAAGGAUGUCAUAAUGGAGGGUCUUGGUUCAGUUGGUAUUUAUGAUCAAUGGAUUGCACCUUCAAUAUCUGGACAAUGCCCAAAGCCGCGCUAUGCGCAUGGAGCAGCUAUAGUGCAAGACAAGAUGUAUGUUUUUGGUGGAAAUCACAAUGGUCGUUACCUUAAUGACCUUCAGGUUCUAGAUUUGAAAAGUUUGACAUGGUCGAAGAUAGAUGCUAAGGCACAAACAGGAUCUCCAGAAUCACCAAUUGUGCUGCCAGUAACUCCUUGUGCUGGCCAUUCUCUGAUUACAUGGGGAAACAAAAUUUUAUCUGUUGGUGGGCACACCAAAGAUCCUUCUGAGACCAUUACAGUGAAGGAAUUUGAUCCACAGACUUGUGUGUGGUCAAACUUGAAGACUUAUGGGAAGCCACCGAUUUCCUGUGGAGGUCAAUCAGUGACCCUUGUUGGAACCACUUUAGUCAUGUUUGGUGGUGAAGAUGCAAAGAGAUCUCUUCUAAAUGACUUGCACAUUCUUGACUUGGAAACCAUGACUUGGGAUGAUAUUGAUGCUAUAGGCACUCCUCCUCCUCCAAGGUCAGACCAUGCUGCUGCUUGCCAUGCAGAGCGUUAUCUUUUAAUUUUUGGUGGGGGCUCUCAUGCUACAUGUUUCAGUGAUCUGCAUGUCCUUGACCUGCAGACAAUGGAAUGGUCAAUACCAAAACAGCAGGGUGUUACUCCAGAACCACGAGCGGGCCAUGCAGGUGUAACAGUAGGGGAGAACUGGUUUAUUGUUGGUGGUGGUAACAAUGUGAAUGGGGUCUCUGAAACUCUUGUGCUAAACAUGUCCACAUUAACGUGGUCAGUUGUUACCACUGUUCAAGGACGCAUGCCUCUUGCUAGUGAGGGUCUGAGUUUGGUUCUGAGCACCUACAAUGGAGAAGAUUUUCUUGUGUCAUUUGGAGGAUAUAACGGGCGAUAUAGCAAUGAGGUCUAUGUCCUUAAACCAAGCCCCAAAGCAGAUUUGCAGUCCAAGAUGAUAGAGGGGCCUGUGUCUGACAGUACUGUUGCCCUUCUGCCAACAACAAAUGCCAGUCGGGAUGUGGAACCUGAGAUUGAAGCAGCUCAAGAUGGAAAGAUAAGGGAAAUUGUGAUGGACAAUGGUGAUGCAGAGCCUGUGAAUAUCAGAAGUGAGGAAACAAGUGAACGGCUGGUAGCAACACUCAAGGCAGAGAAAGAGGAAUUAGAAGCAACACUCAACAAGGAACAAUUGCAAACUCUCCAACUUAAACAAGAGCUAACUGAAGCAGAGUCUAGGAAUGCAGAGCUUACAAAGGAGCUUCAAUCUGUUCGCGGCCAGCUUGCUGCUGAGCAGUCAAGGUGUUUCAAACUUGAGGUUGAUGUUGCGGAGCUACGGCAGAAGCUGCAGACAAUGGAGACAUUACAGAAGGAAGUUGAGCUGCUUCAACGACAGAAGGCUGCUUCUGAACAGGCAGCCUUGAGUGCGAAGCACAGGCAGGGUUCUGGUGGUGUGUGGGGAUGGCUUGCUGGAAGCCCUCCUGAGAAGUCUGAUUCUUGACAGUAUUCAUGUUGAAAACAAAAACACAUCACUCAAUCCUUACAGGUCAAUGUGAUUUUUAUUCGUACCAUUGUUGAUCCGUUUUUAUAUUCUUUUUGGGUCUGUGUUCUUUUUAAGUGAUGGCAAUAAGUGAUACAAGUUCAGCCUAGAUCAUAUUCUGUAAUAACUAUACAAAUGCUGAGUAUUGCUUUUAAUAUUUAGGAGCUGUAGCAGAAGUGUAAUUUUUUUCCUUCUUUUCAAUAUAGUGCUAUUUUUUUCUUGGACUAGGCGUCAGUGGCAUAUAACUAAUCUUCCGGUAAAGCCAUUGGAUUUUAUUU